AAUAUUGAUCUUAAUCCUUGUUAAAUAAACCAGAUAAUUUCACAUUAUAUAACUAGAGAAGCAGAAAUCAGGAUAACUUAUUUAGUUAAACGUAAUGUCUACAAAAAGAAAAUAAAUAAUUCAUUUCAACACUAUUUCGGAAGUUAUAACAUAACACAACAUAACGACAUAUUGCAUAACUGUAUCCGUCCAUCGUGCCCCUCUGGAAUAUUACAACUUUGUCACUUUCACUCGUUAAACAGCAUCACUUGGCGCCACUUACUACCGCCUUAAAGCGACAAAGUCGUAACGCGCGCAGUGUAGGUGGAUGUGUUAAUUCAAUUUACACCACUUUCAUCUCAACUAUUAUAAGACAUGACAAAAUUUCACUGGUGCUCAGUUUUCAGUGGAACCCUCGAUUUGAAACACGAUAAGGUACAUAAAACAAGUUUCUUGUAGAAACCUUUCUGAAAUGUGGAAUAUAAUUUCAGUGACAGUGCUAUUGACUAUUUUAAGUUCAGUUUUUAGUGAAGAUGCAUUUCUAAAUGAAACUAUACACAUAAGAGUUAAACGCGGAAAGUACUACUCCUAUCCUUCUAGGUUCUACCGACGACCCCCAAACAGUUACCCUGUCAAGGGGGCCUUUUCUAUAACUCCCCCUCCUGGAUACAUGAUGGACGACGAUGAACCACCAUACCCAGGAAGACCACACGAUCCAAGGCCGAAGGUUAGUAGUAGUAAAAGACCCAAUGACGGUUUAAGAGACGAAGACAUAAAUAACAUUGUUAAAUACUUAAGCAAGCAAGAUUUGGAUAAGCUCAUAGAUGUCGCCAGCGAAAAAGAAAGGUUUAGAGAAAACAUAGUUGAAAGAAGACCUUAUAAACGAGAUGAAAGUAGAGUUAUAAAAGAUACUGAUUAUUCUACUCCAGGGUUUUCUCUAAACGGUCCUUAUAAAAUCUAUGAAUCGGAUAAAUUUAACAGAAACGGACCUUGGGUACAGGAAUCAGAUUCAAUCCCACUUCACUUCAAGCCACAAGAUGAAGUAUAUAAUGGGCCUUUUAAAUCACAAAACACUGAAGAAUUUAGGUCUAAACCUCAAGAAUAUGAUAGUAAAUACAACGGCCCAUACGCACCGACAGAUCUAUUAAACUACGCCGAAGACGCCACUCAAUCUAAAAUAGUCUAUGUUAACGACGAUACCGCAAAUUUACAAACAGAAGAAUCAAUGCAAAAUAAACAGAUAUCAUAUUUAAAUGCGUAUAUACAUCAUGAGAUUAAUGACAUGCCAAAACAGGUAGAUAAUGGACAAAGAGAAGAAUUAUUGCCGAAGCCUGUUAAUUUAAGAGAAGAAGAUUUUGAUAUUUCUUACACAAAUAAUGUGCCAACAGUAGUAAGGCCGAGCUACAAGGUGGAAAAUUUUGGAGAUCUGCCUUUGAUGAGCAAUGCUCAUAAAUUGGAUACAGUCAGUUCGUACAAAGUACCACAUUAUACAGUAACCUCAAACACGAAAUACCAGCCUCCACCACCUCCACCAUCAUCAUUAUCAUCAUCAUACUCUUUACCAUCCGUGCCAUUAGAACCAGCCCCUCCAAUCUCAGCAGCGAAGGAACAGAGCGACGCGCACCUUAAAGCUAUUAAGAUAUGGACACAUCGCUCGCGGGGAACGGCUUAUACAUUACAUAAUGACGGGACUUUGUCGUUAGAAAGGCAGAGGCCGAAAACUAAAUACGGACAAUGACACAGACUAAACAGAGAAACAGCGUGAGACCACCCAUAGGUGCAGUUUUAC